AUGCCAGGCCGACUCUUCGGGCUCGACUUUGGCGCUGCUCGCACGCCCCACGUCGAUUCCCCGACACUCCCGUCCGUCGUCAAGAACAAGAACAACAACCACAACUACAACAACAACCACAACAACAACGCACCCAACUUGUCGCUCGAGGUCCGACGGCCCAGUAUGGAUCACGUCAAGCGUCCCGUCCUGGCCCUCGCCAAGAAGAAGGACAGAUCGCGCUCCAAGGACCAACGUCGAGCCGACUCCAAGGACAAAUCGUCCAAGGAGCCCAAAUCCCCUCCCCAGCCCAAGCCCGUCAAGAUGAAUCUGGUCAUGGAGUCUCCCCCCGUCGUGCUGAUAGACUCUCCACAACAAUCCUCGGGAGCUCUGAUCUCCGGUCGCCUGCAGGUCACCCCAAACAUCGAACACGCAACCCUGCAGAGCAUCACCAUGUACCUGGAAUGCACCACUACCACCAAGCGACCGGUGCAGGAACGCUGCCGCAAUUGUCUGUCGCAAGUCCAGGAUCUCUACGAGUGGAACUUCUUCCGGCGUCCCAAGGCCUUCAGCGCAGCCGAGGGCAUGCAGGACCUUCCCUUCUCCCAUCUCAUCCCCGGCCACAUCCCUGCCACCACUCAUGCAAGCAUUGCGACCAUCGACUACUCUCUCCACGUCCGCGCAAAGUCCGUUGACGGUCAGGAGAUCGAAUUCCGCCAGGAGCUGAUCAUCAAGCGUGCGCUGCGCUAUGGUAGCGACAAGAACAGCGUCCGUGUCUUUCCGCCGACCAACCUCACUCUCCACGUCACCCUGCCCAACGUCAUUCACCCCCACGGCGACUUUCCAGUCCAGUGUCGCAUGACUGGAAUUACCACGGUGCGCGACGACGCCCAGACGAGGUGGCGGCUGAGGAAGCUGAAUUGGCGCAUCGAAGAGCUGGAGAAGUGCGUCUCGCCCGCUUGCUCCGAACACGGACAGAAGGUCGGUGGAGACGGAAAGGGCAUCCAACACGAGAGCACCCGCGAAGUUGGCGCAGACGAACUGAAGCAAGGCUGGAAGACCGACCUGAGCGACGGACAGGUGGAAGGUGAAUUCAUGGCUUCGAUGAACCCUGCGACCAAACCGAAUUGCGGAGUCGAAGCGGGAAAUGGCACCAAGAUCUCCCACAGCCUGAUCUUGGAAUUCGUGAUUGCGGAAGAAUGGGCACCGAACAAGAAGCCUCACCAAGCGACUCCGACAGGCGCAGCGCGGGUUCUGAGGACGCAGUUCGCCCUCAACGUCACCGAGCGAGCUGGCAUGGGCAUUGCGUGGGACGACGAACAGCCGCCAAUGUACGAGGACGUACCGGACAGCCCUCCACACUACCAAGACAACCGAGCACGAGCGCAGUCGACUGCUUCGAGGGCCACUACGAAUGUCAACGACAUCCCCCCGGCCAGCCCUCCGCACUACCAGACGGAGCUCACUACGGUGCGCGAUUACACCGGCUCAGACCUCGACGAAGACGUCGAGGGCUUGACAUUGAAUGGUUGA